ACCUUGCGUGACGCGUCUUAUAUGCUCCUAAAUAAUGGACAAAUACGUUGAUCUCUGUCAGUCAUUCGGGUAAUAUUAAGGUGUCAAUCACCCAGAAAUGAAAAUUUUUUUAAUGUUUAAUGUUGGUAAGCUUAGCUUUAUUAGAGUUUGAAUCACGUGCGUAUGUUUAAUCAGUUGGUCGAUCAGUUUAGACGUUGACUAGUGCCUGAAUUAGAUCUGCAUAUUAAUGUUAUACUUUUAAUGUAUCUAUGUUUAGUGUUCCCCUCUGUGUGGGGCCGUUGCUCCAUGCGGCCUCAAGAUUGAAGACGGACCGGGGGAAACGGAGAAAGGUCUACCGUUUAAUCCAGCGUCAGUUAAAGAACAAGAUCGGCAGCAGCACAUGUGACAAAUGCACCUACGUGUACCCGGCUAAACUCAAAGAGAUGAUCCGAUUUGCCUUUCCCGAUGACAUUUGUAACUAUCCAGAUCCCUGCCACGAAAAUGUUGUUUUCGUCACUAUGGAUGAUUUGAAGAGGAUGGAGCCAGCUUGAUCCGAAAUGGACAUUUGCACGCGUGCACGUUUUCAUAUUAAUGUUCAUUUAAAUUCAACCGUGUAACUAAUGCAGUUGUUCGAAGCAGUGUGGUUUAAAAAGUUCAUAUCUGAGCAUAAUUUGUUAAUGUAAAACGUCACGUGUUAAACGUAAACUACAAAUCCCAGAAUCCUUUGCUACUCGCAAAACUGCACGAUUUGCAGGGAAAAGUGCGUAAGGUAGCAUUUGUAAUCAAUGUUUGGUUGUAUUCAUUGUCAUUUGGGAAACGUUUUGAACGUUGCGUGAUUAUUAAAGUUUUAACGUGUGCUAUUUCGGGUAAUUGUCCUCUGGGUUACCAUGGCAACGUACACAACCUACACGAACCCUCAGCAGUGAGGUUAUUUGCUGCACAGUACACAACCUAUUACAUCAUUUGAGGUAUGCAUAUGGAUAUAUUUUAAUAGUUUGCUACUUUUAGUGAUUGAAUAACCAUCAUAUGCAUUUAAACUGGGUACGGGGAGGUUAUGCAUAGGUCUACAGUACUUGGAGGUGGUUUGCAUGCUUCCAAUGGCAUUGCCACGAGUUUUUCUUUAAAUCUACAUAUGGCUUUUUAUUUACUAGUGCCGUAGAAACACUUUGGUUGACUUUGGAAAAUGGCUCCAGAGGGAAAAUCCGACAUGGAAAGGGUUGGCCUCUUUAAGGAGUUGGGCUACAUCUCCAUAGGGGACAAAUAUACAUCUUUUACUUACCGCCCAUUUAAUGAAUCAGCUUACAAGCACAAGCAGAUGCUAUCAGGAGGAACUAAAGCAAAGUGCGCGCUGCAGACGGGAUACUUCGACACGCAGUUUAAGCGGAUCUUCGAGAGAGAGGCGCUUACAGAACCCAUCAAAAUAGAGAGACAAUACAGGAUGCAACAAACCAAACAGAACCUAGCCAAGGCCUUUCUGCCCAGCAAUGGAGAGAAGAAAACAUCUGGGGUGGGCAACUAUUAUGGAACAUUUGGAGGUCCUGUUCAAGCAAUGAGCGCCUUAAAGGUUCCAAGGAGACCACACAAAGCACCUGGGAAGAACUUCUACACCAAUCCACCUAAGAAGGGAAGUGGUUAUGGCUAUCCUGAUGUCACCCUCUCCAAAAUGAUCUCCUAUUCCUCAGACCCCUAUGAUCGAGCAAAAGAGAUGCUAAAGCGUGAGAUUCUGGCACACAAAUCCAGCCUGAAAGGGGGACCGUUUCGUUUGAACCUUCAUCCGAGCGAGUGCUUUGAUGGCAACCCAUACAAAUCUGACAAACCUCUACCACCCCCAAAGAAGCCUGAGGAGAAGAAGCAUUUUGCAGUGCCUUUUAAAGCAAGUUCACCCAGUAAAAAGACUGGAGGUAUGAAAGCAGGAACGUUUGACUCAUACCCCACCUACUCUGCAGAACCCUAUGUCACCAGAAAGACCAAAUCAGCGAUGACAAAUAAGGAAGGAAAGAUAUUUAACCCCUCCCCUGGCCCAAAGAGCACACCGGUCAAGAGCAUCAUCAAUCUUAAUGUCAACAGGGCUGUCAACUCCACAAACUACAAUCAAAUCCCCUCUGUGAUGGCGUAUUAAAAACUUUGUCUUUGGGUGAUUAUAAAAUAAUUCUUUCAAUAAACCAGAUUUUGAA